AUGUCGUUUUUCGAUUCUAGUUCAAGAUUUCAGUCUAAUAAAUCUGGUAAUACACUAUCUAACUAACUUGCUAAAGCUUUAGGAAAUCCUUCAGUUGCCACUUAUAACAUUACAAUCCCAGUGUAGUCGAAGAAUCCAUCUAUAUCUUCAAAGCAUUAAUCACCGAAUUUCACUUAAGAUUAUAGAGUUUAACCUGCUUAAGGGACAUAUAAUCAUGAUAAAAUGAGCAAUAAAAGACUUUCAGCUGAGCCACUCACUAUUGAAGAACUUUAAAAAAGACUCAAUGUAAAAAGCACUCAAAUGAAAAGACCUUCUUCUAGAACUUCAUUAGUUACCUCCCCUACUUCUUACUUGUAAUAAACCUAGGAAAUUUAGACUACUAAGUAGUGUCUAGAUGGCUGCUAAAUUGAUCGUGAUGUAGGUAGUCUGAGGAAUGAUGGUCAUGACAGUAGAAGAGGGGUAGAAGAUGAAAAUGAAAUGAGCAAUUUAGGUGCAUGCCAAGAAUGUUUUCAAGAGACUCUCAGUAGAAUCUAAAGUGAAAGAAUGAUUAUCACCAGAGAAAUUAACUUGAAUAUCAAGAAUAUAAAGCAAAAGGAAAAUAUCAAAACUUAGCUAAUUGAAAAAAAUUAAAAGAAAAUUCUAAUGCGAAGAAAUAGCUAAGAUUAACUAGGUUCAGCUACUGAAAGGUCUCUAAAUAGUACCUGCAAUUCAAACAAAAGUUUCAACAUUAUGGAUCAGCAAUAUUUCAAAAAGUUAAUAAAGAAUAUAUCCCUUAAAGAAUCAAUAAUUUUCUAAUAAUAGCUGACCCAAUAAUCUAUUAUUACUCAAUAGCAAGCUUAAAAUUUAAAUCCCUCUGAUAACCUUGAACGAAAGCCAGCAAUUAUUCAAACUAAAAAAACCAUCAGAUAGCCUAUUGUUACAUAGAUAAAUCUGCCUAUUAAACCUAAAACUAGCCUUAACUCACCACUAUAAGAAAAAAAGUAGAAGUAAAACCUAACUUCUAGAUGCCAAGUUGAUGGAAUAACUAUAAAACAAUCUUCUUUUAAUAAGGAAGAUGAAAAGUCUAAUAAAAGCCAUGAAAAAUCUAAAAGUAUCAUAGUUAUUGACCAAACUCAAAAUAUUACACUUUAAAGUAAUAGUGGUAGUGGAGCUUCAAUUAUUGAAGAAGCCAAAAACUUUGGAAAAAUAAAUAAACCUAAUGGAAAAAAUAAAAAUAGAAAUUAAAGAUUGAGUAUGGGAGAGUUAAGUAGAGGUGGAGGAAAUUCAGUUGUGUAGAGCUAUAAGUAGGCAGGAAAUUCAUAGUCAAAUAUUGGAUCAAAGAGCUCAAGAACUCACUUGCAAACUUAGAGAUAGAGAUAAGAAAAUAUUAAGUAAAAAAAUAAGCAAAAUUUACCUAGCAAUCAAAGUUCUUCUAUAAUGACUACGAUGGAGACCACAAUGAGAACUAUGAGCACUUUAAAUAAAAGUUAAUCUUAGGUUUAAAUUUAAGUUCAGAAAAAUUAAAAGGAAAAUCAGAAUCCAAAAGCAGGACUUAAGUAAUCUAUCGUUAUGCCAAAGAUGGGAAGCUAGAAUCAGAAUUAGCCUAUAUAAGUCAGUAACAGACAUAUCAGGACUAAAUCAGGAAUAGUACUAUCAAGUGUUCAUAUCGAUUCUAAUAUAGAGUCAGAAGGAAACAAGACCAAAGAUUCAAUUCAAACGAAUCUCUAUGAGAAAAUAUAUAAAAAAUUAGAUAGUGCAUAAAAUAAUACAAUAAGCACCAUUAAUAAUAUUGAUACUACAAAAAAGAAGAUUAUUUAAAUAGAGACUAACUACAUCUAACAAAAUGACGAAAAUGAUUUAAUAUACUAAAAUGAUUCUUUAAAUUUGCUAUCUAACAGAAGUAACUUUGAUAAUGAAAACUAGAGAGACUUCCUAUCUAAUUACAGUCAGGUAAAUCUGAACACAUCAGAUCAAAUAAUUCAGUAGUCAUUUAACAUGAUAAAUUAGGAUUUGUAGCAGUAUUCUAGUUCUAUAUUAGAGAGCCAAAGUCCGAUCUACAAUAAUUCAUAAUAAGAGGAAAUUUCCAAUCAAUUGAAGGAAAGAUUAAUUAAGGGACUUGAAAGUUGUUACAUUUGUCUUACAGAUGAAGAUGAGCAGGCUAUUGCUUCAUUAAGAGAUAUCGAAAAGGAAUCUGACAAAAGUAAAAUUCAGACAAGAAAUAACAAGGAUUCAUAUCUAUAUGAUGAAGAAAUUCAUACUUGUUCAAGUGAUGAGUAGCUGAAGACUGGUGAAGUCACCUUGGAAAACCCUUAAUUUAACAUGACAUAAAAUAUUUCAAAGCUAUCUGGAUCUGAUUAGGAACACGAGAAUAACAUGAAGAGAGAGUUGUAUCAAUUUGUAAAACAUCCUGUAGUAAUGCCUAUGAUAAGUAAGCAGGAUUGUAAUAGACUGUAUGGACCAGGAAGUUUUUAUUAUCAGCCCUUUAACAAUAUAAGUAACAUUAGAGAGACUGAAUAGGAGGAUGAUUACUCGGUUGAAUAUGUUUGA